ACACAAGAAAGGGAGAAGAGAAGUCAAGAGACUCAUCCAAUGAAGUUUUAGCAAGACUGUUUGCGCACUGAUUAGCCUCCCUACAAAUAAGGCUUAAUCUUAUACACUCAAUAGAAUUUCUAAUUUCUUUAAUUACAUCAAUCAAAGGAUGGAACCGGGAUUGAACAUUCUGGAUGAGGCAAUAACCAAUAAGCCUGUUUACAAUCACUUUCAAUUCAAACCCAUUGGAAACCUUGCUGCAGAACAAGCUGAAUCCCAUGGUAAAUGCCCCAAAUCUCAGCUUCCAAAGGGGAAAAGGACCUGAUUAGCAACCAGUCGACCUAUACAGGCACGAAUUAGUCCUCAACAGGCAGAAUCACCCUAUAGCCUAGAAACAGCACAUCCACAUUUAACUUCAUUUGGCCAGGUGGGGGAGGCUUCCAGGGAAGUACAACAAGGAUCUCUGUUGCACAUUUCAGUGCAAAUUGUAGUUGUCAGCAGAAUACAGUGGCAGAUAGACACCAAUGACCAAACGAGGAAGAUGAUUAACAAAACUCAGUUCAUCAGCACUGCUCUCAACGCUCAAAAACAGGCAUUAAAGCGCCAAUUAGAGAACAAGGGAAUGGACCCUUUUAAGGGUCAAGGCUAUAUAAAGUGCCUCGUUGCAGUGUGAAUGUGCGAACUUUCUCGGCAGAAAAUGGCCGCUCCUAAUGAGACUGGCUCUUUGACUGAGAGGAAUACAACAAAACUGCUUAAACAUAUGGGAAGGAAGCUCCUCAAGUACCUGACUUCGGCUGAUAAACUUCUGGAACUACUUGAUAAAUUGGAGCUCAUAUUAUCAAGCUUGAAUCAAGGACCAGCCAAGCCACUUAAAGAAUCACUUGUACAUUCAAUGAAGGCAUUGAUUUCUGAUGAACUUUUGCACCAUAGAGACCAGGGUGUUCAGAUUUCAGUUGCAUCUUGCCUUGCUGAGAUUACAAGAAUCACAGCACCAGAGGUCCCUUAUAAUGAUGAGCAAAUGAAGGAAAUGUUCAAGGUCACAGUGAGAGCUUUUGAGAAAUUGUCUCAUGUAUCUGGCCAUGGCUAUGACAAAGCGCUUGCCAUACUUGACAAUGUUUCAAAUAUCAGAUUAUGCUUGGUCAUGCUGGACCUUGAGUGUGAGGACCUGAUUAUUGAAAUGUUUCAGCAUUUCUUGAGAUUUACGAGGUCUGACCAUCCCCGUAAAGCAAUUGACUCGAUGGAAUCAAUAAUGACCCUGCUCUUGGCCCAAAGUGAAAACAUCACUGUACAUCUUCUUAGACCUCUAUUAGACAGUGUUAGGAAUGAAAAUCAGACUAUUUCACCUAUUUCUUGGGCAUUGGGGGAGAAAGUAAUUACCAACUGUGCUGUUACCCUAAAGCCUUUUAUGAUGAAAGCGGUAGAGCUCUCAGGCAGAGCGCUAAAUGAGUAUGCUCCAAUAGUAACUUCAAUCUGCCAGAAUGGAUCUGAAUCCCCUCAAUGUGAUCAUUCAAGUGGUUCUAAGCAGACAGUGGUUCAGGUGGUUGAGGACAAGUUUGAUGUACCUAAAGAUGCAUAUGAACAACCGUCUGAUGCAACCAAGGGACACGUACUGGAUAUUACUUGUGAAAGGGAUGUCCUGAUUAUGGAUGACACAAAAAGCAUAAGAAGUGCUGGUGCUUCUACAGAUGGUGAAGCUAUAAAAAAGUCUGGUUCAAAAAUGAAACCAGGUUCUGAAAUUUCUAAGAACUCCAAAAGAAGCAAUGGAAGAAAUAAUUUUGAAACUAGCAAUUUAGAGUCCAUUCAGGAAGCAAAAUCAGAAUCUCAGCUGACUAUUAUGCCAAGGAAGAGGGGCCGUAAGCCGAAUUCUUUAAUGAAUGCAGAGGAAGGCUAUGAUCGCUCUUGGAUUUAUCCAGGAACAAAAUCCAGAAAAUCAGCUGUAUCCAGAAAGGCUCGCAAUAGCAGCACUGCUUUUCCACCUUCUGAUAAAAUUACUUCCAGAAGAAAGGAUAAAUUGCAUCCAAAGCCUAAAACUGUUAGUGAAGCUCUAGUUUCUGAGCAGAAAAGUGAGAAGAUAACAAAAUCUGUCCAAUCCAGGACUGAAGAUAUUGGCAGCGACUGUCCACCUUAUGAAAACCUUGCUUCGGACAUGGAAAAUGUGCUGUCAAAGCCCGAGGAAACAAGCAAAGGUUGUGAAGCUUUAGCAUUUAAACAUAAAAUUAGUGAGAAUACCAAUGCUGCUGCUUUUUUUACAAAUAAUGACAUUCCUGAUGGAUUCCACACCAAAGGAGGUCGACGAAGGAAAAUAAAAAACACUGGGAACCAGGAUAUUUUUCCUAGUGCUGUCUCAAUGCUAAAGGAAGACAAAUUGAAGCCUUUGCUUCAGGAGACUUCUUUGGAUUCACCAAGGGUUGAGUUGCAAAAGGAAUCUGAAGUAAAACCUAUUAGAAAAAUUAUAUUUUCUAUGAAGAUUGAUGGAAAAACUGCUGCAGCUCCAGAAUUGGUAGUUGCUAAGACAGAACCAAUUUUUUCUUGUGGAGAUGAGGGGAAACAUGAGUUAGGUACAAAUACUGAGUUAGCAAAUAUUGAAGGAGACAGGUCCUCAGCUCAAACAAAAGUUGAGAAAAAGUGGAGACUUAAUGUGACUCCUAAUAAAGGUCUCAACAAAUCAUCAGCUGUUAAGGAGCUGAAAAUAGAGUCUGCAAGUAAAACAUUAAAUGGAGUCGAGGAAAAUUCGCAAGCAAGGCUGAGGAGAAGGCACAGCAAUGUCAGUGUAGAGGCAUCUGAAUCUCGUAACCCUGAUAACUCAUUGGUUGGUAGUAGAAUCAAGGUCUGGUGGCCAAUGGAUAGAACGUUCUAUGAAGGUGUUGUCGAUUCUUAUGAUUCUAUCAAAGGAAAGCACAAGAUUUUGUAUGCUGAUGGGGAUAUUGAAGUGUUGAACCUCAAAAAACAGCGCUGGGAACUAGUUUCUGUUAAUGUUUCAUUAGAUAAGGAAGGAGGACUUGCACUUCAGAAGCUUGCAGAAGCAUCAGACAUAGCCGAAAAAAGCAAAGAAAAAUCAGAAAUGGAGCCAACCAAGGGUGCAAAAAUCAAGUCUCGGUCCAGGGGUAGAGCUUCUGCCAGCAUUCCCAAAUCGGAAUCCAUAAAAUCUGCCGUCAAAUCUGUGGAUACUUCUGUUGUUGACCUACCUGCCUUGGCUGAUGAAUCCAUUGAUGAUCCACCUAGAACAGUUGGGGGGAAAGACUCUGUGAGGAAGCCUAAAACCAAAAAAAUAAAAACUGGUUCAGACAUGAAAAAGAACAAAUCUGAGACUGAUGACCCUGAAAAGGAAAAAGCGCAAAGGGCUUGAAUUUUGCUGUAAGGAAAUGUGUCAGAAAGAUGAAUGAGGGCAUGAAAGAAGGUUACUAGAUUCUUGCCUCAAUGUACUGAAGCUGUUCAGUGUUUAUUAGUUGGCUCUAAAGCUCAUAAUUUUGGCUUUACCAUAGUGAUUAUCAUUUUGGUCUGUUUUGUUUCAUAGUUAAUAUCAAAAACCCUGCAAAUUGGUCAGUCUUUAGCAUGCUUUGAUAUAUUAUGGUGUCUAAGAUUAUAUACUGCAAAAGGUUUUGUUUUGCACCCUUUUUAGAACUUGGUUCCAUAUAGGCAAAUGAUGUCAUCUAUUUGAAGUAGAAGGGUUUGUUUCAUUCCUAUUGAUUGGAAAGACAAGUAUUUCUUCAAUAAGAGAGGAAAUGAUUUCUAUGCAGUUCACCUUUGAUCCCGCAUGGUAAGGGAC